AUGCAAGUCACCUCCGUGAACUGCCUCAACGGCUACGGUCUCUUCAACGGCGGCGGUGGCGGCGGCAACACCAACACCAACACCAACACCAACACCAACACCAACACCAACACCAACACCAACGGUGGCGGCGGCGGCGGCUGGGCCUAAGCAUCUCUCCUCGUCGUCUCGUGCAUCGUCAAUAUCUACUAUGUCAAUACAAGUCCUUUUCUUCC